UUUUUUUUUUUUUUUUUUUUUUUUGACCAACCCAAAUAUAGGGGGUCAAUUCUCCAUCAUCUCUCCGCAAUGUAGCUGUGCCGCAGUCUGCAAACAGUCAAAUUUAUUCCUGGUCUCAUCUAGUCUAGUCGUACAACAUGGAAAAUCAACUAAUUACAGUAUAUCGAACAGAGGUAAAAGACGGACCAAGAUCUCCAAGGGGAAAUAGCGGUGUCGCCGAUGGUCCGCAUAUAUUGGCAUAACAGAAUGAACGGCAUGUGGGCAGGCAAGUCUUGCACGGUUGCCACCCCCUCAUUCUUUCCUGGCCGUGCAGAGGUCCCAGUGAAUUUUCUCAUGGCCAAGAGACGUUCAACCGAGCUGAUUGCUUUCGUCAGCCUGCAGCGUGCUCCGGUGUAACGACAAAAUGUUAGCUGGUUAUUCUAUUCUAUUUCUCGUUGGGCUUGGCCUCGAUGCCAAAAUAUCGUGCAGCCAUUUGAAUGGAGCUGCAUGGCAGGCUGUUUGCUUGUGCUUGUUCCAAUCCCUUUUUUUUUUGUUUGAAUGCAUAGUCUCUGGGGGGUUCAUUUUCAUCAAGAGACCAACUUUAUCUACCUAGGUACUCAAAAUUCCACAACAGGCCAGUCCAAUUUGAGCGGACCUUGAUAUAUGGACAUUAGAAUGUUUGCUUUCCAAACCGGCCGCUAGCCUGACCUAUCUAAAGCCCGUGGCAGCUUCGCCGCCCAAAUCGUAUACAGAUUUCUGCAUAAUGACAGCCGAUAAGUUACCCAGCCCUCUUCGACCCGCAUCUACGCCACCGUCGGGAACGCUGCAAUCCCCCUAUGGCCAGGAGGAGCAGUCCGCCAGAGGCCAGGGAGGUAGCGAAAUGGACCCCAACAACAACGCCUCCACCACUCCCCCCAAGACCAACGACCAGCACCGCCGACAACGACUCCAAGCCCAAGCCCGACGGCGACGGAUCAACAACCGCGCCAUCAUCGACAACCCGCUCGCGCACGUGACGGACGAGGACCUGACCCAAGACGCCCAGCAGUUUGCGCGGGCCUGGCUCUCCGACGUGCCGGGGUCCGCCAGGAAGCUCCUCCGCGCCGCGCGCGUGGCCAAGGACAUUCGCACCUACGACGACGUGGCGCGCGGCCUGGGCGGCGACGGUGGCGCCGAGCUUCUCCUACCCGUCGUGCUGACUGAGGCGGAGAAGCGCGCGCUGCGGGACGAGCGGGACGCGACGUUUAGCGAGCGCGGCAUGCGCGUCGUGGUGCUCACCGUCAGCCUCGCCGCGUUCCUGCAGGGCCACGUCCAGAGCUCCGUCAACGCCGCCUCGACCUACGCCGCCCUGCUCGGCCUGCGGGUCCCCUGGGUGCCGGCCGCCGCUGGGGGUGGCGAGACGGUGGAGCUGGACAGGUGGCGGCUCGGCGCGGCCAACGCGGCCCCGUUCCUCGCCGCCGGGCUGAUGGGCUGCCUGCUGGCGCUCCCCGUCAACAAGGCGGUCGGGCGCAGGGGCGCCAUGGCCGUCGCGGCGCUGCUCAUCCUGGCCUCGAGCCUGGCGGCGGCGUUUGUGAGGCGCUGGGAUGUGCUCCUGGCCGUUAGGGUUUUCAACGGGCUGGGGAUGGGGAUCAAGGCGGUUAGCACGCCGAUCUUGGCUAGUGAGGCUUCUGUUGGAUUCUGGAGAGGAACGUCGAUUCUGGCGUGGCAGCUUUGGGUUGCCUUUGGGAUCAUGAUGGGCUUCAUCCUCAACAUCGUCUUCCACGCCGCGUGCGGCGACAACCAGGACCUCGCGCUGUCUUUGAUACUCGCCGGGCCUGUCGUGCCUUCGCUCAUGAUGCUGGCCGGCCUGUGGUACUGCCCCGAGAGCCCGCGCUACUACAUGCGGCCGAGGUCGCCAAACUACAGCCCUUCCAAGGCGUUUACUAUUUUGAAGAAGCUGAGGAAUACGGAGCUGCAAGCCCUCAGAGAUCUUUACCUCAUGCACAAGUCCAUCGAGCAGGAGGAGUACCUCGGCCUGCCCAAGAUGUCCAAACAGAUGCGUCGAGGGUUCUUUGGCCGGGUGGUUGAGUAUGGGAUGCUGAUACAACAGCUGUUUGCAGAGAGGCGGUUGCGAAAUGCGCUGAUCAGCAGCUGUACUGUUAAUCUUUGCCAACAGCUGUGCGGGAUAAACAUCCUGGCCUUUUACUCGGGAGACCUGUUUCUUCGCAUCGGCGCCCGGAGCGACAUGAAUGACCAGUCAGGAUACCAUAAGCGCAUGGCGGCGUUUGGAUUCAGCUGCGGGUUUGGGGCCAUCAACUUCAUCUUUGCGCUGCCCGCAAUCCGAACAAUUGACACCCUCGGCCGGCGGAAGUGGCUCAUCAUCACGCUGCCGCUGAUGGCGCUGUUCAUGGGGGCUGCCGCUGCUUCCUUUAGCAUCCCCGACAUGAGAUUCAGGAUUGGGGUUGUAGUAAUGUGGCUGUUCUUUUUUGCAGCCGCAUACUCACCGGGACUAGGACCUAUUCCAUUCACCCUCGCUUCAGAGAGUUUCCCCCUCUCACACCGUGAGAUUGGCUGCGCUUUUGCCAUUGCCACGAAUCUGACCUUUGCCGGGAUCCUCUCGAUUUUCUUCCUAAACAUAUACUCGGGCCUCGGCGACGCAGGCUGCCUGGCCCUCUUCUCAGGCCUCAACCUCCUCGCCCUGGUUCUCGUCUUCCUCCUAGUCGAGGAGACAAAACGCCGCUCCCUCGAAGACCUGGACCUCGUAUUCGCGGUGCCGAAGCGCGUCUUCAUCAAGUACCAGGUCGGGACCUUUCUCCCCUGGUUCAUGCGCCGCUGCCUGCGCAGAGUCGUGGGCCGCCGCGGGGCGGGGGACGACGAGGCCCCACCGAGUUUGUACAUUGAUAGAACGUGGGAUAGGGCGCGGCGGCACGGUGGUCGAACCGUCCUGCAGAAUGCCGGGCUUGAGCGUCAGAGGACGCGGCAGAGGUGGCCGGGCGGUGGUGGUGUCGGCGUGGGGAUGCACAUGGGGCAGGCUAUGAGUGGUUACAGUGGUUACAAUCAGCGGCAGCAGGGCUGGGAGGCGAGAAGGGCGAGCUUGUCUGGGACGGAUGAUGAUAGUUUGCAUGCCUGAUCAGAGCAGGUCUUGGGAGAAUUAAAUUCUGGAUAUUCCUUCAGUAUCUAGGUGCAAGAUCCACACUAUUGAGUGGCCCAAGCUGCACAAGUUGUAAAUAAAAAAAAAAGCCAAACAUCGUUCAAGAUGACC